CUAAUCUUGCAAUCUAUUAAUGAUAAGUUUGAUCUGGCAUUGCUGCGUGAAAGAAACCAGAAUUAAGAACGAAAAAGCAAAAUGUCUUCAGUUGUUUUGAGAAAUAUGAACUCUGCUGCCAGAUCUCAAGCGACCUUUUUAAAUAAGACACCACUCUUUGCAUUGAUAUUACGAAAGGAAAGCAGUUUGCCUCCAUUAAAAACAGAAAAGAUCAACCAAAAUAUCCAGCUGAAGACCAUCCAGGAGUUCUCUGCGUCUCCAAGGCCCCUGGUGUUGUUGUUUGGCUGGAUGCUGGCCAAACAGAGACACUUAGACAAGUAUGGCAAUCUCUAUCACAGCAAAGGCUUUGAUGUCCUCAGUGUACAGAUGAAGCCUACUCAGGUUUUAAUACCCACAAGAGCCCAGAAAACAGUGGGGGAGCUGUUAUCUAUCCUGGAAGACAACAGCCUCUCCCAGAAGCCACUGAUGGUCCACGGUUUUUCAGUGGGAGGCUACAUGUACGGUGAGCUGUUGGUCAAGCUGGGACAGAACCUGGACAGAUACCAGAGCGUCAGGAACAGAUUGGUUGGCCAGAUUUUUGACAGUCCUGUAGAUUUUGAAGGUGUCCCAUCUGGAUUUUCCUCCGUGCUUGUAAAGAAUAAACUUGGCCAGAAACUGAUAAAAACAUCACUGGAGACAUACUUGGACAUUUUUAAGAAACAAGUCACCACCCACUACAUACGGUCUUCCAACGCUUUUCAUAACAAUGAAUUACGUUUACCAUCGUUGAUGCUCUACUCAAGAACAGAUCCCAUUGGAGUGGACACCAGGAUAGAGCUGGUGAUGAAAAAGUGGAGGUCAGCAGGUAUUCCAGUGAUGGCGCGGUGCUGGGACAGCUCCCCACAUGUCAGCCACUUCCACCGCCACCCAGAUGAGUAUGUGGAGGCAGUGCUCAGGUUCUUGACAAGUGUGGGUCUGACUAAAUCUGAUGAAGUCAAAAUCAAACGAAGCGUGGGAAAGAGUUCAAAAGAAGUGAAGCAAGCUUUGUAGGUCCUUCCUGGUACUUGAGAAAAACUAGUCAUUUUCUUUGAAAUUUAAAUCAAAUCUAAAAUCAUUUCAAUCUGGCAAAUCAUUCAAGAUUGAUUGCAUAAUAAUGUUGAUAUUGGCCUAAUUGAAAAUAAAAGGAUGAAAUUGAUUGAGAAGUAGUUAUAAGCAUAAAUGCUCCUAAGCAAUGUUUUGAACACUUGUUAUUCUCUGUUAGGCAGAGUUAAGUUUUUUAAGCUUAGCUUUUUACUUCUAGAUAAAUGUUUUUUUUUACCAGUCAUUAAAUACAAGACAAUCAAAUGUGUAUAUACUUUAUUUUAGCAGACACGCUGAUGUCACCUUUACCAUCUUGCUAUAGUUUUCAUGCUUGUCAGCAGGUCUAAAAGGUUCUAGUGCAGAUCCUUAUUUGUUUCUAUAACUCAGUUGCAGACCUUAAACUUUUGUUCAGCAAUAAAAAAAGAUUAGUUUUUAUAGCAAUUUUUGUUGCUUCCUUGUUAACAAAUGGUAAUGGCAUUUUAAUUUUUGUUAUUUUAUUUAUUUAAAAACUCCAUGCUUGUGGUGAAAUUUUUUUUAAAAACUGUUGGAAUUUUAUUUUGUUUCACUGUCUUGGUUUUUCUAGUUGAAAAGCUUAGAAAUUCAGUUUUUUGAUACACUUGUUGUUUUAUUUAUGUUAAUUUCUCUCUUUGCUUGUCAAGAUGCUAACUUGAAAUCAUAAUGGUGUAUAUUUUUCAUCAGUUUGAUGAAAAUAUUGUUUGAACUCCCUAGUUAUAAUCUAUUUUAUGAAUACUUUACUUAAGUCCCAAAUAUUGACAAAUGUAUUUAUAAAUACCUUGUUCAUACAUUUUUUUUCACUUACACAAUGGUUCUGUAUUACUUUGUUAUAAAGCUUAAUUUGAUACAUUGAUAUUUUAUAGAAUUGUCUCAAUAUAUUUUUCGUCCUUUUGAUGUCACCUGCACAUGUUUUCUCAAUAAUGGCUAGUUUUUAUUUAUUACAAACAUUCCUUUCAUUUUUUAAUAACACAAUCCAAGAAAUCUAAAAAAAAAAAAACACUUGUUAAGCAACUCUCUCUUACAGCUGGUAAAUUUAAAAAAUAAUAGAAACAAUUAAAUCUUGGCACCAGGGGAGCCAACCAUGUUUGCUGCAGUUGGUUUGUUAAAUCUAACUACCCCAAGCAAAACAGUUUACUUGCAUAAUUAAUUAUUUUAAUUUUCUAACAACUAUUGUUUUUUUUUUUUUAAAUUAUUUAAAAAAAAAAAACAACCACCAUAAAUGCCCAUUUUGUAAUGAAUAGGUUUGAAAUGAUUAACACAAAUAUAGGUACUAGUGUAUUUCCUAAUCUGAUGCCACUUUCUUCAUAAUUUAAUUUUUUUGUCUUAAAUUUUAAACAUUUGUAGCAACUUGCUUUCUUUUUGUCUUCUUUUCCUUUUUCUGUUAGAGUAAGCCCUUCAACUGAACAUCUGAACAUGUGAUGAAUGCUCAUUGUUACAGUUCAAAUUAACUUUGCAGUAUAUUACACAGGGUAUUUUUCUAUUAAACUUCUUCGCUGUAAUAAAAGUACAGUAACUUUUUCAUAAACAAAAAAAAAUAUUUUUCUAGAAACUUUUACCAUAAUGAAAUUUUUUUCCUCUUGUUUUAAAGAGGAAGGUAAUGGUCUCUUGUUAUAAAGAGAUGGGUUCAGUCACUUAAAAUAUUUGGAGAGUGAAUUCAAUAACUUAAAAUUCUAUCAUUAUUUG